AUGGAGAGCCCCGACCCCAGCACUCUCCGCCUCUGCGCCACCGGCGACCGCGGGGUGUGGCAAGUCGGGGCCGACAAGAUCCUCAAAGAAUACCCCAGCGACGACGCCCUCUGCACCGAGGGCGCAGUGAUGAGACUCCUGGCCCAGGACCCCGAGUUCCCCGCGCCGCGCGUCCUGCACGAGUGGGUCGGCAGCAACGGACGGUUCUUCAUCCUCGAAGAGCGCCUGCGCGGCGAAACACUCCAAGACGCAUGGCUGCGUCUGUCCCAGCCACAAAAGCGCGCGAUCGCGGCGCAGGUGGGCCAGGUCCGCCAGCGGCUGCGACGGCUGACCUCGCCAUGCAUCCAGUCGGUCGGUGGCGGCGCAUGCUAUCUGCCCUACGAAUGGGGGUUCCGGACCCGCGCGCAGGGCCCCUUAGGCUCGGACGCGGACCUCCGGGCGGCGAUCCGCUCAUAUCUGACGGGACUCCUGGACCGGGAGCUGCCCGACCAAAUCCUCGAGAACCUGAUGGCGCGCAUGCCCGCGUCCGGGCCGUACAUCCUCACCCAUGGGGACCUCCACAUCAACAAUAUCAUGGUCGAUGCGGACGGGCGGCUGGUCGGCAUCAUCGACUGGGAGUACGCGGCGUACUAUCCCAUCUGA